ACCUUGUGGAGCACCCAUGGGCCGCCACAGCACAGGCUCAUACGUCAUGAGCGGAUGUUGAUAGUAGCUUGGAGCACAGCGCAGACAGGAACAGCUGAAAAAGAACAACAAAGCCACGACGACGACGGUACAAACAACAUAUGUGCGUCUAAAAUAUACCUAAAAUAUCGGUGCCAUCAUCGCUGGUGGGGACAUUUUGUGCCACUGAAACAAAUUUGAAAAGCCUUAGUUCAGUAACUCCCAGAGAUUUGACGAUGGGACGCAUCUUCUUGGACCACAUUGGUGGAACGCGCCUCUUCUCCUGUGCCAACUGUGACACCAUCCUGACUAAUAGGUCUGAGCUUAUCUCAACACGUUUCACAGGAGCCACAGGCAGAGCUUUCCUCUUCAACAAGGUGGUGAACCUCCAGUAUAGCGAAGUGCAGGACAGAGUGAUGCUUACCGGCAGACACAUGGUGAGGGAUGUCAGCUGCAAGAACUGCAACAGCAAGCUGGGUUGGAUCUACGAGUUUGCCACUGAGGACAGUCAGCGGUACAAGGAGGGACGUGUCAUCCUGGAGAGGGCGCUGGUUAGGGAGAGUGAGGGCUUUGAGGAGCAUGUCCCCUCAGACAACCCAUGAGCCCCUAACCUUGGAUUAACUUGUCCUCCUCUCCCUCUCCUUUAUCUCCUCUGCGCUGCGCACCUCCAACUGCAGACGUCGUGGUCAGUGAAGUUUUGGCUUGACCCCUCCACCCCAAACCCCUUCCCUGUCUCUGGCCUGUGACCUUAGACCUCUGCUGAUUAGAAGAUUGGUUUGUUGGCUCUAUUGCCUAAUAGGCUUCUCCAAAAUACUUCCUGAUUUAUAUCACAGGGCACCACCCCAAAACAGCUGGGGACACAAAUGGGGAGUUGUAACUUCACUUGUUUAAGUGUUCAUGCACGGUCACACUUUUCCAUAUAGUAAUUAAACACAUGCAUGAUAAUAGACAUGGUCAGUCACAUAAAAAAAAAAAAACAUCACUUGGUUGUUUUGUUUAUUUAGAUAACUAGAGGCAGUAGAGCUGAGCACAUCCAGAUGUGGGCAAAGCAACCAGCCCACUCUGUACAGCAAUGUUAAAUGAGCCAAUGGAGGUGUCACUCUACAUACUGCUUUCAUUGGGUUUGUGCUUUGUGUUGUCAACUUUGUCUCAAUGUAUUUGUCACUGGUGAACACUGAAUUCAAUUAAGACCACAAUAGUUGUUAUAUUCUAUAUCAGUUACCUUUUAUUAGCCGGUAGUGUAAUGAAUGUAGUAGUGUUUAAAAUCGUUGUACUCAUUCUAAUGACACCGUGAGGACCGCACAGAUUGAUGUCAUAUUUAAGUAUUCAUUGUUGUGAUUGACGACGAUAGGAAUUUUAUUUAGAUCUGGCUCACAUGAUGUGCAUUUAUUUUGAUUGACAUGACAUUCUUGAAGUGUACACAAAGUGAUUUAAGUGUCCCAUUCUUGCAGUUCAUAGAAGUGAUCUCCUGUACAGUAGACAAUCGUACAAUUGAUCCCACAAUUUAAUUCUACCACUCUCCAUCUGUUACCAUGGAUUCUGUGCCUGUGUGGUGUGCCGUGUAAAGAGCAACAUGUCACUUUGGUGACAUAUGAGGAGCAUGUACCUUCCAGCCAAGUGUCUUCAGUAUGAGGGAGGAGGAAUGUGAUGGAGCCAUUCACUGGCUGCCUGCUGGCUUAAGGACAGGAUUAUGAGAGGAUGGGGCAUGCAAGCGUUCAGAAGUAGCCAGCGCUGGGAGACAAUGGGAGACAAGCGUACAGACAGCCUCUGGAAAAAUAACCAACAGCAGAUUCACUUACCAUACUUGUGUUGGAAACAACACACUGAAAAUCUGUUUAAAUCAAGCCUGAGUUUGACUGUACUCCAUUUAAAUACAGUUGACUGCAGACGUCUCCUAGUGUUGAACUACUUUCGGGACAGUGAUCCAUCCACUUUUUCUAAUCCUAAUUGAAUUGAGCCUUGAGGCUCUGGCUCUAUGCCUCAAUUUUAUAUUGUCAGUAUCCUGUGAAGAUUUCAAUCAAAAUGUCAAAUUGUACAAAAAAAAAUCUCGAUCUCUGUGACAUUUGAGGUUAUUUUUGGAGUGGGUUGUAGCACAGCAUCAUGGCCCUGGUGUAACAUUGUGCCAUUUCAGAUUGU